GGGCUAGGCUGCGCAAUAAUCGGUAGUAUCGAGCUUUGUGCCAUCCCUAUCACCAAUAACAAACAAAUAAUUGGACUGCACAAUAGAAAUAUUAUCAGUAGAAAUAUAGGGGACAAGCCAGCAUGAUUGGAACCAUGUCACCGUAGUUUCAUUAACAACAACAUCGUAUUACUCACUGCAAACAUCCCGAAAGACACGCCGUGACGUCACUGGCAAAACAAAGCAAAAACUGCGCAGAAAAACCAGGGGAAUCUGUUAAGCAAGGUCCAUUGGAAAAAAAGGGGUGGGGGGUGUUAUAGAAACUGAUCCCCCCGAUUUCACUUUUACCACAAUUAAAACUGAUUAAAAAUCAAGGCGGUGCGAGCUCAAAGUCUUCAGUUCACGAUGACGCGCGAUGAGAAACUGCCACUCAAACAGGCGGAGGUCUCCAUCCAAAGGUUUCAGGAUGUGGCAGUUCCCCACCAUCUGAGCCUCCUAAAAAACCACCGUAGCAAUAUAGAGAAAAGUCUGGCACUGGGCGACUGGCAAAAAAUAAAAAAAGAGGAACUCAAUGCUCUAAGAGUCAUCAAACAGAUCAAGAAUCUUCUCCUGGAAAUGGACGCACUACGGGAAAAGGUGCGGGAGGAGGAUCUGGAACGCUUUGAUGACCUAAUGAAACCUGGCAGGGAUACUGCCUUCGCUGGCAUGAAGGAAUUUGCGGAGCUCCAGCUUAAAUCUCCUACCUCCACUUUGAGUUCCCAGUGCGACGACGACCUGGACAAUCAGCCACAGGAGGUGGAUAUGAACUGCUUACCCGCACACCGGCACAUGCCCCAGCUGCAACUCAACUUCCAGCUGGAGGAACACCAACUGGCCCAGAGACAAUCCUGCCUGGAUCAGAUGGAGAACCUGCAACAGGAGAUCUACGAUCUGCACGGAAUGUUCCAGGGAAUGCGUCAACUGACUUCAGAGCAAUCUGUGGCGGUGGAGAAGAUAGCGGACAAUGCUGAGGAAGCUCUGGAGAACGUCCAGCAAGGCGAGCUGAAUCUGCGCCGGGCGCUAACCUAUAAGAAGGCCAUGUACCCCGUAGUUGGAGCUCUUCUGGGCACCUGUGUGGGUGGACCUAUUGGACUGGUGGCGGGUAUGAAAGCUGGAGGAUUGGCGGCGGUGGGAUGUGGCAUACUGGGCUUCACCGGUGGCUCCGUGCUGAAGGCCAAUCCCAAUGUAAUGCACGGCAACGUCGAGGAGGAGCAGGCGGAGCCCGAUAGCGAGUCCACGGAGAGACUGGAGCUUAAAGAGAAGCCAGAAUGACCCGCAGGAGUAAGUGCCCGAUCCGCAUCCACGGCUCUGGCCACCACGCACAUCUGGUCGGCGAAUACACGACGCUUGGAGGCAGCCACCACCGGAGUGAUUUGCAGUGUGCGCAGCUAUUGUUCCGUUCAGUAGAGAUUUGACACCGAUUUUAGUUGAAUUUUCCCAUUUUGUGAUUUUCCACGUGCAGUAGAGCUAAAGCAUAAUGUAACUCCACUUUGUGUAUAGUUUAAGCGUUGGAUACUUGUUGUUCACAUGACACCGCAACUGUGUGUAGAUUUUAAGGCUUUAAAAUGCAAUAAUAACUCGUAGCUUUAAAAAGUUAUGGAUAUAACUAUUCAA